AUCCAACCCGUUUCCAACUUUUGCUUGAGAGCUGAAAUGAAAACCUUUAGGAAAGAGAGCAAUUCACCGUUUUUAUUCAUCAUUUUUUAAACAGGAAUAUAAAUAAAUAUAUAGACGCUGGAGUUGACAUGGCGUGAAGCCGCUCGUGAAGUUUGCGUCAGUUUACUUAAGGCUGUUUUCACUGGAAAACGUGAUGCAAUUCUGUCCCAGGGAGGGUGUUGAGGUGUUUUGGAGCAACGGUAGUGUUUUACUGUUUGGCUGAGUGAAGUGAUACGCCCACUGCCCACACUGGUCCAGCUGGGCUCGACCCUGGAAUAUUUCAGAGGGUCAGUCGGUAUGGCGGAUGGGGAGGAGGCCAUGAGCCAGGAGGACUGGAAGGAGAAGUGUACAGUCCUGGAGGCUCUGCUCAUGAAGUUCAGAGUGCAGAUUAUCAAGAUCCGAGAACUCACCGCUGACAAAAUUCAACAACUGGAGACUCAGGUGAUCAAUGCAGAAAAACGGGCCUUCACUGCUCACCAGCAGGUGCAGUGGAUGGAGGAGAAGCUGAAAGCACCAGACGGCCAGUCCGGAGACUCAGAGGUGCGUUUGUUUCAGCGAUGCCAGGAGCUGCAGGCCCUGGUGCAGGAGAAGGAGGACGUCAUCGCCCAGCUGGAGCAGCAGCUGGAGGAGCAGAAACAGAUCAGACUUCAAGAUGCCAAAACAGUGGAGGAGAAAGCAGCUAAGAUCAAGGAGUGGGUGAUGCUGAAGUUGUCAGAGUUUGAGGUAGAGAAUGCAGCAUUAAGAGAAACCAACAAGCAACAGGAGGCUCAGAUUCUGAAGCUGCAGAAACAAGUGCAAGCCUUCGAGCAGAAGUGUGGUGGUGGACGAGGAGUCCUGUGCAGACCUGGUGAGGCCCAGCGUCUCAGCAGCCUGACGUUUGGCUGUUUCCAGGUGAGAGGGAAGAACCCUCAGGUCCUCACUGGGCCAGCACCUUCCCAGAGGACCCUUAGCACCCAGGAAGAGACUGAGGGCAGAGAUGAAAAUGUGAAGAGUAAGCAGGCAGCCUCCUCAGAGAUAGAUGGUGAAGUCCAUGGACCUGACCCAACUGGACUUUUGUGUUCUCCUGUAGAGGAUGACAGUGCAUCUGAAAGCUUGGGUGAGAAUGCAUGUGGACGUGAGUCUCGGGGGGUCUCCUCUGUGCUCUCCAGCGCUGCAUCCGAGGGUGAGGGAGGAGGAGGGUGUGAGGGCAGAGGAGGAGGUGGAGUGUGUGGUCUGGAGUUCAGCCGCCCAGGCAGUGAGACCUACCUGACUGCUUCAGAUGACAGCAGCUCUCUGUUUGACGAUGACAUGCAGAGAGCGGAGCGGCCCAGCUUCAGCCUCCUGGGAUCAUCAGAUGGGACCCUGGGAGGAUGUAAAGACGGGGAGGAGGAGGCACACAGGGCCAAGCUGGAGGACUGCACCUCUGAGGAACUCAACAAACGAUUCCAGUCACAAAGACUUGACUCCUCAUCCUCUUCCAGUGAACCAAACACCCCCAGCCCCAUCCUCACGCCAGCCCUUACACCUAAACGACCAAACCCACCCCAGGACCCAAGGGACAACCCUGCCUCACCCAAACAGCCGCGUCUCCGCACCCCAGCGGGGUUUGGGUUGAUGAAUGUGUCACUGGCCAAGAAACACUUGAGCCAGCCGCCAAUCAGCACAGAGGCAGCUCAUGGACAAACACGUAAUGCCCUCAGCAUGCUGCGCCCCUUCCGGCCACAGGAAACUGACCUUGACCAGGAGCAGGAGGUUGGCAUGGAGACCGGCAGGGACACACCUCCUCAAGUCCCUCCCAGCUCACGAGCUACACCUACCAUGCCUUCGUUGCUGACCUCACCUGAUCCUGGCACAGAUAUGAGCCCAGAGAGGCCGGACGGUGACAUCUCAGCACCUGGCAGCAAACCUCCUACUCCCCCUUUACACAGGCUGCCUUCCUGGGAGAGUCGUAUCUAUGCUGUGGCUAAAUCAGGAAUCAGACUGUCUGAAACAUCCUGCACAGACAAUGCUAGCAAAGACUCUUCCCUCCAGUCAUCCUAUCCUGCCUUUGUAAUGUACACAUCCCUCAUCUAUAAAAACAUGACUACACCAGUUUACACUACUCUGAAGGGGAAAGCCACUCUACUGAGCAGCAGUCCGUUCUCAGACGAGUCGUCCAGCUCUGAGGAGUCGUCCAGUUCAGGAGAGGAGGAUGGCUCCUUCUGCAGCUCCCACACCUCCUCGAGCUCCCGCAAGGACAGCAGCCCCGGCAGCCCGCGCUCUCUCAAGAGAGCUGUGUCCAUGUCUUCAAUGACAUCAGAGAGCGACUAUGCCAUCCCUCCUGAUGCCUACUCCACAGACACAGAAUGCUCUGAACCAGAGCAGAAAUUACCCAAGACCUGCUCUUCAGGCGGCGACAACGGCAAGAGUGAGCCGAUGGAGAAGUCAGGCUACCUGUUGAAAAUGGUAAAGACCUGGAAGAAAACCUGGAAGAGACGCUGGUUUGUCCUCAAAGAUGGAGAGCUGCUCUACUUUAAGUCACCUAGUGAUGUGAUCAGGAAACCUCAGGGUCAAAUCGAGGUGAACGCCACUAGCAGCAUCGCCCGUGGAGAGGGAAAACAAGUUCUUCAGAUAGUGACAGGGAAGCGUGUUUACUACCUGAAGGCUGACUCUCCUAACUUGCUGGAGGAGUGGCUCAGGGUGCUGCUGAGCGUGCUGAGGGUGAAAGCUGCCAGUCCUCUCUUCACCCAGCCGGAUAUUCGCCCUGGCAUGAAGGGACUGCUCAUAAAGGUAAAGCACGGCUACUCUAAGCGGGUUUGGUGCGCUCUGAUUGGUAAAACGCUGUACUACUUCCGGAGCCAAGAGGACAAGUUCCCACUAGGUCAGAUUAAGCUGUGGGAGGCCAGGGUGGAGGAGGUGGACAGGUCCAGGGAUUCAGAUGAUGACCUGAAGAUGUGUGGGCGGGGCUUACAGGGAGCACCCUUCACCAUCGCUAUCCACCCACAGGAGCAAGGGCCGACCUACCUGCUGAUCGAGUCCCGCCAUGAAAAGGAUUCAUGGCUGUACCAUCUGUCUGUGGCAGCAGGCACCACAGUGGGUAAAGUUGGCACUGAGUUCGAACAACUGGUGGGAAAACUCUUCCAACUGGAUGGAGAUCCAAACUCUCAGAUCUGGAGACAUCCCGUGCUGUGCUUCAGUAAGGAGGCUCUGUCAUCUCCUCUCACUACCCUGCCCUCACAGGCUCUUCAGACAGAAGCUGUUAAACUCUUCAAGACUUGUCAGCUUUUCAUCAAUGUGGCCAUCGAUGCCCCGGCUAUCGACUACCAUGUCUCGCUGGCCCAGAGUGCCCUGCAGGUGUGUCUGGCCCACCCAGAGCUUCAGAACGAGUUGUUUUGCCAGCUCAUCAAGCAGACCCGGAAGAGGCAGCCACACGGCCAUCCAGGACCACUGCAGGGCUGGCAGUUUCUAGCCUUGUGUGUAGGACUGUUUCUGCCUCAGCAUCCUUUCCUCUGGCUCCUCCAAGUUCACCUCAAAAGACACGGAGACUCCAGGACUGAGGUGGGUAAGUAUGCCAUUUACUGCCAGCGGUCCAUGGAGCGGACUCAGCAGAAGGGUGAAAGGCAGGCCAGGCCAUCCCGUAUGGAGAUCCUUUCUAUCCUGCUGAGGAAUCCCUACCAUCACUCGCUGCCAUUCAGCGUCCCUGUUCACUUCCUCAACAACACCUACCAGGUGGUGAGUUUCGAUGCUUCAACCACAGUGGACGAGUUCCAGUGUCGCCUCAACCAGGACACCUGCAUGAGAAAAACUGGGCUAUCUGGUUUCAGUCUGUACACUGAUGACCCUACUGGACGAGAGCUUGAACACUGUCUGCAAGGAAGCAUCAAGAUAUGCGACAUUAUCUCCAAAUGGGAGCAGGCCUGUAAGGAGCAGCACACUGGCAAGUCUGAAAACACCAGGACUGUUCGCCUCACUUACAAGAACAGGCUGUACUUCUCUCUCCAGGUCAGGGGGGAGUCAGAGAGGGAGAGGUUGCUGUUGGCAUAUCAGACCAAUGAAGCCAUUGUAGCGGGACACUUUCCUGUCAACAAGGAACUGGCUCUGGAAAUGGCUGCCCUGUUGGCCCAGGUGGAGUUUGGGGAUUUUGAGCGUCCCUUCUCUGCUCCUGGAUCAGCCCAGACCAAGUCUAACCAAACCCUGAAACAGGUUCUGGAAAGAUUUUACCCUAAACACUACCGCAGAACCACAUCUGAGGAGCAGCUCAGGCAACUGCUGCAGCGUCUCUCUGCCCGCUGGGCCUCACUCAGAGGUCGAAGUUCAUCUGAGUGUGUCAGGAUCUACCUGACUGUUGCCAGGAAGUGGCCUUUCUUUGGGGCCAAACUAUUUGAAGCAGAGUCUAUUACUCCUUCUCCAGAGCAGGGUGUGCGUGUUUGGCUGGCAGUACAUGAAGAUGGUAUCAGUGUUCUGGAACACAACUCUAUCAAACCGCUGGUGUCCCAUCCCUACAAGAACCUGAUGACGUUUGGGGGCUGCAAACAGGACUUAAUGCUGGUGGUGGGACAGAGUAUUGGUACCAACACCAGCAAAGACAAACCUACAGAGAAACAUCUAUUUGCCAUGGACGCCUCCAAGAUCAGGGAAAUCACCCUCCUCGUUUCCAGUUACAUCAAUAGUGCUCAUCAGCAGAAGGCCGCUGCCCACCACCUCUCUGCCCCCGCUCUGAUGGUGGCCCAGCCCGUCAGCCUGAAGAGCAAAGAGCUGAGGAGCAAAUCCCCACCGGCGCUGGGACGCCCGAGCAAGGCCCCCACGCUGCUGUGACAAUAUAACACCCUGAUCUCUCUGUAAAAUACUCACUUUGUUGAGUUGCCUUUUACCUUAUUUACAUUUGAAAAACUUAUUUUACAGGUGCACUAGGACUGAUUCAGAUCCUGUACAUUUGCCUUACUAGGCCAGAUUCAUUUCUGGUAAGUGGCAUGGUCUGUUUUGACAAAUACUAUCUCCCUAAACCAUGAGUGCUUCAUCCAGAUGAAGUUGAAUUAAGAAAAAAACUUCUCUUCCUCUCCUCUCUGUUUGGUACAACCUGAUAUAACAGACCAGCUGAGGUGGCAGCAGUUCACUGAUAUCAUCAUACAGGAUUAUUGGGAGUUGAUGUCCUUCAGUUAUAAGCAGUUAACCUUCUGAGAGGUUACUCUGUGCCUUUCUCAGAGAACACAUUAUGAGAUUUGGGCUUAAACUGGAGCUGUGAGCUUUGUACUAAGGUACAAGGCUGUCUAGGAACAAAUAAGGAGCUUUGGUUAACAUCCUCCAAGGAUAUUUUCUGUUUCCCUGAUGAAUAUGUUGCUUUUAUGUUCGAACUCCAAAGAGAAAAGUCAACAGCAUUUAUUGACAGCUAGCUAGUGUUCUGAAAUGUCUCAUUAAUCUGUGCUGUCUGGUACAUUUCCUUAGGUAAAGAUGCUGUUUGUGGUUAAAUUUGGUAUUCCCACCUUCAAAAAUAACGCAGUAAUACUCCGUAUAGAAGAGGUAAUGAUGCUUUAUGAAGAAAUCAUUUAGAGGGUAUUUUUGUAUUAUUUUCUGGGGCACAGUAUCUCUGUAUCAGGAACAUAAACUCUUGCAGUGUUCAGUAUUGUUGUAUAAUGAAGCUUAUCCAACAAUAUGAUGAAAGCUGGACGAAAUAAUGGCAAACCAGCUGCAGCUGAGGAGAACAGCUUUUUUAAAAAAAACCUUAAACUAACUGUGGUGAAAAUGUAAGUGCUUUAGGAACAUCACAGCAGUUGUGAUAGAUGUAGAUUGGAUGAGUUGGUUGUGUUGAGAAAGACUGAACCAUAUGAGGAAACUAGAUUGUGCCCUUUGUGCUUUUAGUUACUGAACAGCCAGGAGAGCUGUGAAACUUUAAUCGUGUACAAAUACUCCAGGCCUGUGUGUUGGAAUGAAAGUCAACGUGUGCAUCCACAUCAUUUGGGGAAGUAUCGCAGGGCUGGGGAAAAGAAAUGAAGUCUGUGUUUGUGUACAGUGAAUCAGAGGAAGAUGGUAAGAGGAUGUGACAAAUGCUGAAAGAAAAGGUUAUUGUUUGAUUGUGAGUUUGUUACCUGGUGUGACAAAAUAUGAAGGUAUUUUAAUGAAGCAGAUAUAGUGACCCAUUUAACUUGAAGAUAAACUGGAAAAACAGGACAUUUUAUGUGUAAGGUACUUUUAAAAAACUUUUUUUCUCUCCCGCUUCUGACUUACAUCUGUAUACAGCAAGAAUUGUCAGGUAUUAUAUUUAUUUGUCAUAUUAAAUACAUUGUAUUUAAAUCA